AUGCUGGCGAUUCUACGUGAAAAGGGAGGCAACGUAUACAAGCUCCCGCAUUUAAAGAAGGCGAAACUUCGUAGAGCCAAGUGUCUUCCUACCAGUUUGAAGUGUAGCAGAGAACUGUACGAGUCUGCAGUAGCGCUAUUAGCAGCGUCUGACCGAGGCAGUGCUCUGCUGUUCGGCAAUAAAUAG